UGGGUACAAGAUUUGUUCAGAUAAGCAGCAGUGCACACUGCUCCACUCAUUUCUACACAAAGGCAGAUAGAGUGUUUCUUCACAGAAUGGCCCUUCCUCAAGGAUCGGGACAGUGCCUGGCUGGGGGAUUGCUGACUCUCCUCUUCCUGAGAUCCCUGGAUUCUGUGCAGGGAGGGAAGCUGCUGGUCGUGCCGAUGGAUGGCAGUCACUGGAUCAGUAUGAAGGUGGUGGUUGAGGAACUGGGACGAAAAGGACACCAAGUGGUGGUUGUUAUUCCAGAGGCCAGCUUGCUGUUGGGGCCUUCAAACCAUUGCACCACCAAGACCUUUGCUGUGCCUUACACUCAAGAGUAUGUGAAGAUGCUACAUCAAAGCCAGAAAGAGGCCAUGUUUGACCGGAAACCCUUUCUUGAAAAAAUAAGCUCAGUUGUUACGUGGCUUCAAAUUAUAUCCAAUUUCACAAGGUCUACCAGCGAAAGCCUGCUGUACAACACAGAACUGAUGCAGUACUUGAAAGAGCAGGAGUUUGACGCUGUUUUCACAGACCCUGUAAUUCCAACUGGAGCCAUUGUGGCUGAGUAUCUCUCCCUUCCCUCAGUCUACAUGUUACGUGGGACACCUUGCGGCUUGGAAUUCACGGCUACCCAGUGUCCGAGUCCGCCAUCCUACGUCCCAAGAUUUUUCACACGGAACACUGACCGGAUGACGUUUGCACAGCGAGGGAUGAAUUUCCUUGUCAGUCUGUUGGAGCCUUUAUUUUGUAAGUUUGUUUAUUAUACAUUUGAUGAUAUUGCAUCUAGAUUUCUUCAGAGGGACAUCACAGUGGUGGAAAUGAUGAGCCGCGCCUCUGUGUGGUUACUAAGAUUGGAUUUCACUCUGGAGUUUCCGAGGCCGCUGAUGCCUAACAUGGUUCUGAUCGGAGGAAUCAACUGCGGGGUGCAGAAUUCUCUGCCUGUGGAGCUGGAGGAGUUUGUGAACAGCUCCGGAGAGCACGGCUUUGUGGUCUUCACUCUGGGCUCCAUGAUUUCAGAGAUGCCACUGAAGAAGGUCAACCAGUUUGCGGAGGCCCUGGGCAAGAUCCCACAGAAGGUUAUAUGGCGCCUCACUGGACCCACACCUGGAAACCUCUCUGCGAACAUCAAGCUCAUGAAGUGGCUGCCACAGAAUGAUCUUCUGGCACAUCCCAAAGCCCGUGCCUUCAUGACGCAUGGUGGGACACAUGGAAUCUACGAAGGAAUCUGCAAUGGCGUUCCCAUGGUGAUGCUGCCUCUGUUUGGAGACCAAGCUGAUAACGUGCAGCGCAUGGCAUCCCGGGGAGUGGGCGUGGUCCUCAGCAUCCACGACAUGACAUCACAGAGCCUGCUGGAUGCACUCAACACCGUCAUCAACGACAAGAGCUACAAAGAGAACAUGAUGAGACUGUCUGCAGCGCACAAGGACCGACCUAUAGAACCCCUGGACCUGGCAGUUCAUUGGACAGAGUUUGUGAUGAGACACAAGGGAGCAGAGCAUCUGAGACUGGCAGCUCACGACCUCAACUGGAUCCAGUACCACUGCCUGGACGUGAUUGGCCUUUUGGUUGUCAUAGUGAUUGCUGUUACCUUAGUUAUGGUUAAAAUUUGCAUGUUUUGCUUUAGGAAGUGCUACGGAAGAUCCAGGAAGAAGAGAAAGUCUGAGUAAGUAAUAAUACAGGACAGAGGGUGGUCAACAUGAGAUAAUCACACCCCUAAGGGUAGUCAGGGUGUAAUGACCUCAUCUUAAUAACACCCCUGGAAUUGCUGGUUUUAAUCAAUGUUUUAAAUCCAAAGUAUAGUUUUAUGUUAUUUUCCUAAUGUACAAAUGAUCCUCAAUUGUACUGAGAAAGUCGUUCUUUUAAAAAGAAUGACAUCAAUGCUGUUUACCUUUCAUUGGUAACACAAUGAUGGAGAAACUCUGGCUUCUACCAAGAACAGAAAUUUUGACAAUUACUUUUCGUCUUUCUAGCACAGCAUCCAAAUACUAUAGAUCAUAUAGGACCCAUGAAAAUAAAACUGGAGCAUACAAUAACAGAGAUGACUAAAUACAACUGAGCAAAAAUAGCUGUUUUUAUAGCUCAAAAUGCCAGCCUCAUUCCUUCUUAGCAGUUAUAGUGAUCAGUCCUGUCUUGUGUCAUUUUCCUAUCAGUGUUCCCUCAAACCACGCAGUUGCAUAAUUAAAAUAAAGUCUCAUUAAGAAAAAAUGUCUGCCCCUUCCAUUCAGCUAGGACACACUGAAGUCCCCAUGCGGUUCGUAUUCUAAGUUCUUCUGUAGUCCUACCGCAGAACUGAUAUAGGUCAUUGAUCAAAUAAGCAACUGCAGGUGAUAAUGGUGCUGACAUUGUGUGGUAAAGAUGUCGAGUGAAUGAAUGUGCUUUUUGUAAAUCAUGUUAAAGUCUGAUUCAUUUGUUCAGAUACAGAUUUUUUAAAGUCAUUCUCGAAUAAACUCUUAAUUGAA